UCCAUUCCAUCAACGCCUGCAGCAACACCGCGAGCCCUCAACGCACACCACCACCCACAAGACCAAGCUCGCCGCUACGCGGAGGAAGGUUCGAUCGGUCCAUCGUACGCCCUGUCGUGCCGCAGCGGCAGCGGCAGCGGCGACGAGGGGCUUCCUGGUCGCCGGAGGGCGUGUGUUUGUUUGGGCGGAUUUGGGUGGGGAAUUCGUUCGGUGGCGUGGUGGUGAUAGCUAGAGCGAGAGGGAGAAGGGAUGGGGCGUGCGCCGUGCUGUGACAAGGCGAGCGUGAAGAGGGGGCCGUGGUCGCCGGAGGAGGACGAGCUGCUGCGGAACUACGUCCGGAGCCACGGAGCCGUCGGCAACUGGAUCGCGCUCCCGCAGAAAGCAGGGCUUAACCGGUGCGGGAAGAGCUGCCGGCUGAGGUGGCUCAACUACCUCCGGCCGGACAUCAAGCACGGCGGCUACACCGAGCAGGAGGACAUGGUCAUCUGCUCCCUCUACAACUCCAUCGGAAGCAGGUGGUCGAUCAUCGCGUCCAAGCUUCCCGGCAGGACGGACAACGAUGUCAAGAACUACUGGAACACCAAGCUCAAGAAGAAGGCCAUGGCCAUGCACCAGCAGCAGUACCACCACCACCACAACGGCACCGCCGGCCGGGGACAUGCCCGCGGCGCUACGAUCGCCACGCCGCCGCCCGCCCCGCAGAGCCAAUGCGCAUCAUACAUGCAGCCGUCGCCGGCGUCCGCCUCGUCCGCCGUCACCACCGCGAGCGGCGACGCGGGGAGCUUCGGCGCCAUGUACUCCCCAUCCCACCAGGCGACUCUCGGUCACUACAACGUCAACGCCGCGGCGCCGCUCGCCGAAUUCUCGCCCAUGCCGACGCCGGCCGCGGCCAACAGCUGGGCCAUCAACAUGGCCUUCGAGGACAUGUUCUUGCCCGAGCUCGUCGGGGGCGGCGACUUCUCGCAGGCAGACCUGUUCGGCGGGUUCGGGGCGUCGCUGCUGCAAGUGCAGGACAGCAGGGCGUCGUCCCUCCAGGAGCUCUCCGCUUGCUACUUCCCCAACGCGCAGGCGGAGAUGUGGGCGGCCGCCGCCGACCAUGUCAAGCCGCCGGGCGCCGGCCUGUGCCCCAGCCUCACAUGAGAAACGAAUCAAGCCACUAAUGUUGCUGCAUCCAUGUCGUUGAUCGCUCUAGUUACUGGCACCGCCAUGUCUCUAUUUUCUGUGUCCAUGAGAUGGGUUGAUUAUUACAUGUACAUUACUAUCUUAUCCGCCACUGCUAUGUCAUAGAGGAGCUAGAUUUGGAUUCCCAAUUUGCUUGGUUGCCACUGUUGGGUUCUGCCUACCAAGUAGUACCAACCAUGCAGUCCGAUCACUGUGCAAGCUUGAGUUAGUGCGAUCGAUGUGACCUGGACAUGGCUAUGUCAAAUCCUCCGUGGAGAUUGAUUUGGUAAAGUAGUUCUUGCGCCCAA